AUGAUGAUUCGGAGCACUCUAGUAUCGCUACUCGCCGCCAGUGGCUUCUGCGCCGCCAGUGCCCCCGCCCCCGCCCCCACGCCCCUCAUCUCGGCCGCCGGCGAGAAAGCCGCCAUCCCCCGCUGGGACUUGCAGUCUACGGCGCACGUCGACAAGGACCUCGCCAAGCUCUCCCAGGCCGGCGCCGCCGACACCUCGUCGUGGCACCACGUCGAGGCGUCGCGGUGCACCCUCAUGGGCUGCCUGCUCGAAACAGGCACGUACAAGGACAGCGAGCUCUGGUUCUCGGACAACCUCGCCCGCUUUGACGGCAGCAUCUUCGCCGUGCCCUGGGUCUACCGGAGCGAGUUUGCGCUCCCGCCCAAGCGCCAGCACGUCCUGCUCGAGACCAACGGCAUCUCCUCCAAGGCCGACCUCUACGUCAACGGCCAGCAGGUGGUCGCCGCCGACGUCCAGGCGGGCGCGUACGCCGGGCACACCUACGACAUCACGCACCUCGCCGCCCCCGCCAACGCCCUGCUCGUCCGCGUCUACCCCACGCAGUACCUCUACGACUUUGGCGUCGGCUUCGUCGACUGGAACCCCUACGCGCCUGACAACGGCACCGGCGUCUGGCGCGACAUCGCCCUCAGGCUCACGGGCCCCGUCGCCCUCGGCCCCCUGAGCAUCAUGGUCGACGCGCCGCUGCCGAUUGGCGAGCGCCCGGCCACCGUCACCGUGCGCGCCAAGGCCACCAACCUCGAAAACGCAAGCGUCAAGCUGGCGGCCACGGCGAGCAUCGCGGACCCGGCCGGUGCUGCCGUCGGCGGCGCGCAGAACCAGAGCGUGACGCUGGCCGCGGGCGAAUCCCGGUACGUCGAGUUCAAGCACGUUGUGCGGCGACCGCAGGUGUGGUGGCCGAAAGCCUGGGGCGCGCAGCCGCUGUACACGGCGCGGGUCGAGUUGGCCGUCGCCGGCGCCGUCUCGGACAAGGCGGCGAGUGCGUUCGGGAUCCGCACCGUGACGUCGGCCGUCAACGCGCACAACGACACGCUCUUCACCGUCAACGGGCACCCGUUCCAGGUGCUCGGCGGCGGGUACAGCGCCGACAUGUUCCUCCGCUGGGACGGGCGGCGCUUCGCGCGCAUCGCGCAGUACAUGCUCGACAUGGGCCAGAACACGAUCCGCCUCGAGGGCAAGAUGGAGCAGCCCGAGCUGUACGCCAUCGCCGACCGGCUCGGGCUCAUGGUGCUCGCCGGCUGGGAGUGCUGCGACAAGUGGGAGGCCUGGUCCUACAACCACGACCUUUCCGUCGACCCGCCGCCCGUGUGGGACGACGGCGACUACGCCAUCGCCAACGCCAGCAUGGCGCACGAGGCCGCCGUGCUGCAGACGCACCCCAGCCUGCUCGGCUUCCUCGUCGGCAGCGACUCGUGGCCCGACGACCGCGCCACGGACCUCUACGUCGACGCCCUGCGCGCCGCCGGCUGGCAGCUGCCCAUCAUCGCGUCGGCCGCCCAGCGCGGCUUCCCCGCGCGCCUCGGGCCCUCGGGCAUGAAGAUGGACGGGCCGUACGACUGGGUGCCGCCGAGCUACUGGUUCGACACCAACGGCGGCAGCGGCGCCGACCGCUACGGCGCCGCGUUUGGCUUCGGCUCCGAGCUCGGCGCCGGCGUCGGCACGCCGGAGCUGGGCAGCCUUGAGCAGUUCCUCAACGCGACGGACCUCGAGGACCUCUGGACGCGCCCGGACAAGGGGCUGUACCACAUGUCGAAAAAGUCCAUGUUCUACACGCGCCGCAUCUACAACGCGGGGCUGUACGCGCGCUGGGGCCCGCCCGCGUCCCUCGACGACUACCUGAUGAAGGCGCAGCUGACCGACUACGAGGCCACGCGGGCCGAGUACGAGGGCUACGCGGCGCUGUGGUCGGCGGCGCCGCGGCCCGCGACGGGGCUCGUCUACUGGAUGCUCAACAAUGCGUGGCCGAGCCUGCACUGGAACCAGUUCGACUACUACCUGCGGCCGGCGGGCUCGUACUUUGGCACCAAGACGGGGGCGCGCCUCGAGCACGUGGCGUACGACCACGCCACGCACGCCGUGUGGCUCAUCAACCACGCGCUGGACCGGUGCGGCGCGCGCACGGUGCAGGCGGACGUGGUGGACGCGCACGGCAAGACGCUGCUGGCGCGGCAGACGAUGACGGCGUCGACGCGGCCCAACGCAUCCCGCAAGGUCGGCACGGUGCGCGGCCUGAACGGCUUCCGGGACGUCGUGUUCCUGCGGCUCACGCUGUCGCGGGGCCGGCGCGUGCUGAGCCGCAACGUGUACUGGCUCGCGCCGGGCGUCGACGUGCUGGACUGGAACAACUCGACGUGGUACCACACGCCGGUGGCGCAGUACGUCGACUACACCCCGCUGAGCAGGCUGCUGGGGCCGGCCAGCGUCACGGUGACGGUCGGUGCGGUGGCCGCAGCGCAGGAAGGGGUCGCGGAAAGGGCCGUCACGCUGGAGAAUAGGUCGGGCGUGCCGGCGUUCUUUGUGAGCUUGAACUUGGUGGACGCGGCGGGGGUGGAUGUGCUGCCGGUGCUGUGGUCGGAUAAUUACGUGACGCUCUGGCCAAAGGAGACGCUCACGCUCACGGUCGGGCAGUGGGAUGACAGGGCCAGGGCGGUGGAGAUGAAGGGGUUUAAUGUCAAGGCGGCGACUGUCAAGUUCUAA